AUGCUGUUCAUAAUCACGGUACUUCUCUGCUGUGGACUGAGCAAUGGGGUAUUAACAGAAGAGACUGAAAUAAUUAUGCCAACCCCUAAGCCUGAGCUAUGGGCAGAGACCAACUUCCCUCUGGCCCCGUGGAAGAACUUAACCCUGUGGUGCAGAAGCCCUUCUGGCUCAACAAAGGAGUUUGUGCUGCUGAAAGACGGAACCGGGUGGAUUGCAACUCGCCCAGCAUCAAAGCAGGUCCGGGCUGCUUUCCCCCUUGGCGCCCUGACCCAGAGUCACGCCGGGAGUUACCACUGCCAUUCAUGGGAGGAGAUGGCUGUGUCGGAGCCCAGUGAGGCACUUGAGCUGGUAGGGACAGACAUGCUCCCCAAACCUGUCAUUUCUGCGCCCCCUCCAAUCCGAGGCCAGGAACUGCAAAUCCGGUGCAAAGGAUGGCUGGCAGGCAUGGGGUUUGCUCUGUAUAAAGAGGGAUUGCAGGAACCUGUCCAACAACUCGGUGCAGUUGGAAGAGAAGCCUUCUUUACAAUCCCAAGAAUGGAGGAUAAAGACGAAGGCAAUUAUAGCUGCAGCACUCACACUGAAAUGCACCCCUUCAAGUGGUCUGAGCCCAGUGAGCCCCUGGAACUUAUUAUAAAAGACAUGUACCCGAAGCCCUUCUUCAACACAUGGGACCGCCCAGUGGUCACUCCUGGUGCCCGAGUGACUUUCAAUUGCUCUACUCCCCAGCAGCACAUGAGCUUUAUUCUUUACAAAGAUGGAAGUGAAAUAGCAUCCAGUGACAAGUCCUGGACAAGCUCAGGGGCCAGUGCAGCUCAGUUUGUAAUCAUUUCGGUGGGCAUCAGUGAUGGAGGGAAUUACAGCUGCCGAUAUUAUGAUUUUGCUACCUGGUCUGAACCCAGCAACUCUGUGGAGCUCGUGGUGACAGAAUUCUACCCCAAACCUAUUCUCCUGGCAGAGCCAGGUCCUGUGGUUCUUCCUGGGAAGAAUGUGAUCCUGCACUGCCAAGGGGCUCUCGAGGGCAUGAGGUUCGCCCUCUUGCAUGAGGGAACCCAGGUUCCUUUACAGUUCCAGAGUACCUCAGGGAACUCAGCUGACUUCUUCCUGCACACUACUGGAGCAGAGGACUCUGGGAACUACAGCUGUGUCUACUAUGAGACAACCAUGUCAAACAGGGGAUCACAUCUCAGCAAGCCCAUUAUGAUCUGGGUGACUGACACAUUCCCCAAGCCAUGGUUGUUUGCUGAGCCCAGUUCUGUGGUUCCCAUGGGGAAGAAUGUUACUCUCUGGUGCCAAGGGCCAGUUCAUGGAGUAGGGUACAUUCUCCACAAAGAAAAAGAAGCCACUUCAAUGCAGCCCUGGGGAUCCACCAGUUAUGAUGGGGCAUUUCCCAUCACCAAUAUAUCUGGUGCUAACAUGGGACGUUAUACUUGCUGCUACCACCCUGACUGGGCCAGCCCUAUCAAGAUACAGGCUAGCAACACCCUGGAACUCAUAGUCACAGGUUUGCUCCCCAAACCCAGCCUAUCAGCCCAGCCUAGUCCCGUGGUGGCCCCUGGAAAAAACAUGACUCUUCAAUGUCAAGGAGAACUACCAGACUCAACAUUUGUCCUGUUGAAGGACGGUUCUCCAGAACCCGUAGAGAAACAGCAACCAAGUGGCUACAGGGCUGACUUCUGGAUGCCAGCGGUGAGAGGUGAAGAUUCUGGGAUCUAUAGCUGUGUCUAUUAUUUAGACUCUGCUCCCCUUGCAGCUUCAAAUCACAGUGACUCCCUGCACAUCUGGGUGACUGAUAGGCCCCCUAAACCCUCCCUGUCAGCCUGGCCCAGCACUGUGUUCAAGCUAGGGAAGGACAUCACCCUUCAGUGCCGAGGACCCAUGCCAGGUGUUGAAUUUGUUCUGAAACGUGACGGAGACAAAGUGUCUCGACAGUUCUCAGAGAAUGGAGACUUUGUCAUCAACAACGCAGAAGGAAAAGGCAUUGGAAACUACAGCUGCAACUACCGCCUCCAGGACCACCCUGGUAUCUGGUCAGAGUCAAGUGACCCCCUGGAGCUGGUGGGUGCAGCAGGGCUUGCUGCUCAGGAGUGCACUGUGGGGAACAUUGUGCGAAGUUCCCUGAUUGUAGUGGUGAUUGUAGCUUUGGGGGUGGUGCUAGCCAUAGAGUGGAGGAAAUGGCCUCGACUCCAAACCAGAGACUCAGAGACAGAUAGAAGGGACCAGACUAUAGCCCUUGAAGAGUAUAACCAAGAAGAAGAACUGGGCACCAACUCCAACUCUUCAUCAUCAAUCUCUUAGGGAACCUCAGUGGACCUGCCAGUCCCAAUAUAAUAAUCUCCUCCUUUACCAGAGCUUUCCCCUCCUCUCUCUUUUAUCCUCAGAAACCUGCAAAUCUGACUGAUUACCCUGGGAGUCAGCCCCAUCUUCUAUUCCUUGGCCACUAAUCACCUGAGCUGUGUCACUGGGAUUCUGUGAGUUGUGAGCUCUACUUUCAACUGUAGAUAUAGGGUGAGAUGUUUCCUGAAUGCAGAUUCCAAAGCCCUG